GUGUGUAAUAAACAAAACGCAAAACGUCAAACUUUUAUGUUGCGCGAGUGCUUUUUUUCGUUUUCAUCAUCGUGUUGUGUGUCCGCGAAAAAGAUUUCAAAAUAUCGUGGAAAAUAGCUCGCCAAAAGUAGCGAAACCUUUCUCCGCUCGAAGCAUACGCCGUGUUGGUGCGGAACGCCGAUUUGCCUCACCGGGAAUCAAUGUCCGACUGCGAGGAAUCGCUGGAGAGUCGACUUGCGAAAUUUCGUCUCGAUAGGGAAUUGACACAACAGGACUCAGCGGUCGGAGGUGCCGUGCAGGUUGAUAUGAAUCGUAGUCCCUUUGGCGGGGAUGGAGGAAACGGUGGCGGUAGAUUUCAUGGCCGUGGCCAUCGAGGGGGAAAACAUGGAAGAGGAGGAUUUCACGGGGAUCGCGAUGAACCUUGGCGAGGUGGGAAGAAAUUGCGACGGGAUAAGGUACAGGAAAGGAUGGCCUAUGAGAAUGGGGAAGGUGGAGCUGGUGCGAACCGGUUCAAGAGGUUUGGUGAUGCGCGGGAUGACGAAGUUGUUACCGGAGGAGAUGAAAGGCCACCGCCAGGGCUGCGUGGGAAAGCUCUAGGUCUGUUCUACCGGGAUAGACAAACCAGGAAGAAAAAGGAGAAAGAGAAGCGAAAGGCGGUGGACAUCACCAUCCCUCAGUGGCAGAUUCAGGAAAUUCGGACACAACUUAAGCUGCCGGAUGGACAAGGGAGUGUCGACUUUUUCAAGCACUUCAUCCAUAACGAAGACAUCAAUUCUCCCUUUAGGAAUGAGUAUCUAAGGGUUAUCAACAAAAAUCUGGAGCAAAUUUUGAAGGAGGAAUCCCUGAAGAACGAAGUUCCUCAGGAUGAUUCACAAGUCGAGUGGAAGCAAUCAACGAACGAUAGGUUCUACGAGGAAUGCCUAAAGAAAGAAUAUUUGGGUGAAAUGAAGAGUUUUCGGGAGAAACUACCCGCAUUCGGAUCAAAACAAAAUAUUCUGGAGAUGAUUGAUGCUCAUCAGGUGAUCCUGGUCAAAGGUGAAACAGGAAGCGGAAAGACCACCCAAAUUCCGCAAUACAUUCUGGACCAAGCUAUGCUGCAGGGCAGGGGAUCCGAGUGUAGAAUCAUUUGCACACAACCGCGGAGAAUUUCGGCGAUUACGCUUUCCGAGAGAGUGGCUGCCGAACGCGGUGAGAAUCUAGGCAAGUCCGUAGGAUACCAAAUUCGUCUGGACUCCAAGAAGCCUCGCAACGAAGGAGCCAGCAUAACGUUCUGUACGACGGGAAUCGUUCUUUCGAUAAUGCAGAGCGAUCCAUGCUUAAAGGAUUAUUCUCAUUUGAUCCUGGAUGAAAUUCACGAACGAGACGUCAUAACGGAUCUGCUGCUGGGAAUCACAAAAAUGAUUCUUCCGUACAGGAGGGAUCUAAAGAUUAUCCUAAUGAGUGCCACCCUGACUGCGGACACAUUUUCCGACUAUUUCAACAACUGCCCGAUGGUAGAAAUUCCGGGUCUGACGUUUCCCGUGCAGGAGUUCUAUCUGGAAGAUGUUGUAGCCGAGCUAAACUUCCACCAUUUCGAAGGUCAACAGGUUAAAAGAAACUACCGCAGCCGCGAUCACUACAAUAUGCAGUUCUUCGACAUGAUCGAUCCGUACCUACCGGAACUCCGUGCGCAUUAUUCCGCUCAAGUUUUGCGAACGAUCAGCAGUCCGCAAAGCGAAACCUGCCAGAAUGAUCUCAUAGUCGAACUCAUUUGCCAUAUCACAUAUUCUAAACCAGAAGGAGCGAUCCUUGUGUUCCUCCCGAGCCUAGCUCAAAUAACGGAAGUUCACAAACUUCUCACCAGUCAUCGUCGAUUGUCACAGAUGUCGACGCUAAUCUACCCGUUGCAUUCAAAAGUUCCUCAACUCGACCAGAAAGCGGUGUUCUCCCGUCCCAGACCAGGCACCCGAAAAGUGAUCCUCGCAACAAACAUCGCCGAAACGUCCAUCACGAUCGAUGACGUGGUCUACGUUAUAAACGCUGGCAGACAUAAGAUCAACAUGUACGAGGAUGGCAUCUCGUCUCUUCGUGACGAAUGGAUCUCAAUUUCCAACGAAAUCCAACGGAAAGGUCGAGCUGGCCGCGUUCAACCGGGCGUCUGCUAUCAUCUGUAUACCAGAGCUCGCCGGAAUGUCCUGCUGCAAAACACCCCACCGGAAAUCCUCCGAGUAGCAUUGGACGAAGUAAUUCUGCAUAUCAAAAUCCUUGCUCUGGGAGACGCCCGCCGAUUCCUGGAAAAACUACUCGAUCGUCCCUCUGAUGCGGUUAUCGAAGAAUCUCUAGAACUCCUGAAUCGCCUCAACGCCAUCGAUGACAACGAAACGCUAACUCCGCUAGGGUACCACCUCGCACGUCUCCCGAUGGAUCCUCGAACCGGAAAAAUGGUUCUCCUCUCCAGUAUCUUCAGCUGUACCGACCCGAUCACCUCAAUAGCGGCAAGUCUUUCGUUCAAAGAUGCCUUCUACAAGCCCUUUGGCAAGGAAAAAGAAGUGGAUCGCGUCCGGCGGCGAUUCGCCGAAGGCUUCCACAGUGACCACCUGAUGCUGGCCAAUGUCAUCCAUCAGUGGAGCCAACUCUCCUAUCGCGAACUUCCCGACUUUGCCCGCCGAAACUUCCUCAACCAAACCACUCUCAAUCAACUCUGCAGCAUGAAGGCGCAAUUUUGCGAAUAUUUCCACGCGGCCAAGUUCCUCAACCAUGCCCAGCCGGAAGCCCACAGCAACAAUCACAACUCCGGCAACGACAAACUGCUGACGGCGAUCGUCGGCGCCGGACUGUAUCCGAAUGUGGCCUUCGUCCGGAAGGUCAUUCGCAAUCGACACAACGCGGAUGGGCGGGCGAUUCUCGCCAUCGAAGGACAAGGACGGGCCACGAUCCAUCCGUCGUCCGUGAACAGCACCCUGGGGAAUUACGACUCGAACUUCGUGGUUUACUACGACAAGCAGAAGAUAUCGGAGCUGACGAUCUUCGACACGACGGUGGUCAAUCCAUUUCCGUUGUUCUUCUUCGGAGAUAAUCACGUGGAAACUCAUGAGGGAUUCGAGCUGAUUUCAAUCGCUGGACAUUAUUGCUUAAAAUGCAACAAGGAAACCUACCGACUGAUUCAGGAUUUGCGUGGAGGCUUCAACUUGUUCCUUCAGAAGAAAAUCUGCGAGCCAUCGCCGGUCGAUUGGUCAUCGGAGGAAGGGACUCUUUUGCGAGCCAUAAUCGAACUGAUUACAAUCGAUGGAAAGUUUGAAGAUGACUUCGACGAUAACGACGAUUCUACCAGCUCGUCAUACUCUCGGUCAUCCAUGGCGUCGAGCCGAAGUCCUGAGUAAAUUCGGACGAUGAUGUAAAUUAUUACUGAGACUCACGGAUUUUUUCCACGCAUUGUAUUCGUAUAAUGUAUAAUAUAAUAGAUUUGAAAUCAA